CUGAAGUAGAAUGUACUCUUGAAACUUCUUGUCCAUAUUGCCAAAUUGGUAUAAUAUUACUGAAUAUUGAAUACUGACAUACUGUCUAGACACUGGUACAUUGCCUAUAUUCUAUAAUAGUACUUUGUGCUCACUGCUCUCUACUUACUAUAUUUUAGUCAUUACGUAGUACUUAGUUAAAAACACAUCAGAAUAUCAAAAUCUGUUUAAAUUAAACUAUUUUGCUGAACUGAUUAUAUUUUGAAGUGCUAUAGUGUUUAAAUAUUAUAAAGCUAGCCUGUAACUUUCAAAAUAGUGAAAAUUAAAUUAAAUAUUGAUCCCAUAAGAUGGCGUCUGUAUUCAGUUCGGAAACAAUUGAUGAUGUCACAGAUAUUGCUGAAAGUUUGAAACAGUUGUCUGUUGCAAGAGCCCAAAUUAAUUCGUUGAGGAAACAGAACGAGUCUUUAAAAAAACAGCUGAAUGAAAAGGAUUUGAUUGUUUCAAAUGGACUAAGCACAGCUAGCAGCUCUGAAAAAAUAGAACUUUCCAUUAUAGGAACAAUAAAAACAAAAUUUAAAGAACGUAGAUGUGUACCACGACAACCUGGUCUCUGUCCACUAGCCCAAGCUUGCCUGACAAUAUCCAACUCUAUAUUCACUAAUCCAAACCAUGCUCUUGAAGGUCUCUCAGAUUUCUCUCAUAUGUGGAUUUUGUUUCAUUUUCAUAAAAAUGAAACCACUCAUGUUCAUGCAAAAGUAUCACCACCAAGAUUAAACGGAUUGCGAACUGGUGUACUUGGCACUCGAUCUCCACACCGACCCUCACCAAUUGGUUUGUCUCUAGUGCAAAUUGAUAAAGUUGAAGGUAAUUCUGUGUAUUUUUCUGGUGUGGACAUGAUAGAUGGUACUCCAGUGCUCGAUAUCAAGCCAUAUAUUCCACAUUAUGAUGCACCAGCUACCCUUAGAUCUGACCAACAUGUUUCAUUAUUUGAUAAUGGGUCACAUCAAAUACUAUUGGAUCCAUUGACAUCUGACCGAGAAGCGCCAGAUGGAGAGGAAACUGAUGCAUAUGAUAUGCCUCUUUCUCCACUCCAUACAAGGGUCCGAGUACCUUUGUGGAUUACUGAACCACUGAUGCAACAACUAACAGUGGAGUUCUCGUCAAGAGCAAGAGAAUUUUUAAACUCAUUGGAUACUAAUGAUAUUGAAGCGACUAUAGUAAGCAUCUUGAAAGAAGAUCCUCGGUCGGUUUAUGUCCGCGAACGUUAUAGUAAUCAGUUUUACACAUUCUUAAUCGGAGGCUAUCAUGUGAGUUGCAAGUUUGAUGAUACUAAACACACAAUUAGUGUCUAUAGAAUAUCAUACGUUGAUAGUAUGGAGAAUGUAGCUGAUCAAGAAGGAGCCCAAUGUUUGUCUAUAGGUUGAUUGAUAAGUAAUUAUAAUAAUUUUAACUUUUAUAA